AUGGUGGUCAAAAUAGAAAAGCCUGGCAUCAGUUAUAUAUUCGCUGUUGUCGAUUCGCGGGAGAUGGUCAUCCAGUUGGGUGUUAGGGUGGCAUCCUUAUCGAACAACGCCCAUAACGUAUCUCUUUAUUACACGCCGCUCGGCGUUGGCGCACCUUAUACUAUAAGAUCUAACGUCUUAGCCAGCUUUAGACUGUAUAAUCUGCUCGGACACUGGGCACAGAUUAAUUUCCGAGUUAAGGAUGACACUGUUCAUGUAUAUGUUAAUGGAACCAGGUUGGGUGAGCACAUUGUCCAGAGGUCACCGUUGUCUAUUGAGGAUGGUUCGACAAUUUACAUUGGCCAAGCAGGCAGAUUGCUGAGAGGAACCUUUGUGGGGGCUCUACAGGAACUGAAAUUGCAUUCUAAUCCGGAUGAAGCAGAGUACAACGAUGACGCAUAUGUGGAUGAUGGAAGCGGUUCUGGAAGCGGCACGGACGACACUGACGAUCUUAUCAACAAAGUUUCAAGACCACCUUAUCCAAGGUACUUCAAAGGAGACAAAGGAGAAAAAGGAGAAAGAGGACCACCAGGUUUGCCACCAAUGAUAUCCCCGCCGCCUCCACCACCACCAUCUGCUAGAAAAGGUGAACCAGGAAUACCCGGAGCCAUUGGACUUCCUGGAGUGGUCGGACAAAAGGGUCAAAAGGGAGAGGCUGGUGGUUAUAGUGGUCAUGGAGCCGUUGGACCCAAGGGAGAAAAAGGAGACAUCGGACCAAAGGGUAACCCCGGUACUGGUUUGAUGGGACCCCCAGGACAGCCUGGUAAACCAGGUAUCGGACUCAAGGGAGAACCUGGGGUUGGUAUUCCGGGUGAAAGAGGCUCACCUGGAAUUAUAGGUCCACGUGGUCUUCCUGGUCCACCGGGACCCCCUGGAAGGGGCGGCUAUCAUAGCACCCUUAUCGAUUCAGACUCAUCGGGUGACUUUGAAUACAGCGGUGUCAGAGGUGUACAAGGACCUCCAGGACCCGCAGGUCGACCUGGCUAUCCUGGAGAACCCGGGCGGGCUGGUGUCGAUGGUAAAGAUGGUGUCAAUGGAUGGCCUGGUGAACCUGGACCAGAAGGACCGAAAGGAGAGAGCGGACGAGCAGGCUAUCCUGGUGAACCAGGAAUUAUGGGACAAAAAGGAGAACCCGGACGUGACGGUGCUAAUGGUAUACCCGGAGCGCACGGACCCCCUGGACCACCCGGACCUCCUGGAUUAUCCAGUUCUGUUGUUAGCGGCGAUGAUCUUUUUGAAGAUUUGAGUAUUGAUGCCUCUGGAGAAAGGAGUUACACACGCAGAGGUGUUGUAGGUGAACCUGGACUGCCGGGACAUAAGGGUGAAAAAGGUGAUCGAGGUGAGAAUGGUUAUCCAGGAGAAACUGGAGUCCAAGGAGAAAAGGGUGAAAUAGGUUAUAACGGAAUCGAUGGAAGGAAAGGAGAAAAGGGUGAACCAGGUGUAGGGUUGAGAGGUCCACCAGGAAUGCCAGGACCUCCGGGCAAAUCUGAAGAUACCGAAUUCAAGGAUAUGACAUCGAAAAUAAUGGGUAUGAAAGGUGACAAAGGAGACAGUGGCCGUAAUGGAUUAGACGGAAUACCUGGUCUGCCAGGUCAAGAUGGUGAACCUGGUCGGCCAGGACCUCCAGGAAAACCGGGAAUGAUGAUGGAAGAUACACGUGAAGGAUGCAGAGAAUGCGUGGGAGAGAAGGGUGAUAUUGGACCAGUAGGUCCUAAAGGCGACGUGGGUCGACCAGGUCCUCGUGGAGUCAGAGGAUCAAAAGGAGAUAUUGGUAUGCCUGGUUUCCCCGGUAGACCUGGUGUUCAAGGUCGUAAAGGGCAACCUGGAUAUGGACUCAAAGGACGUAAGGGAGAACAGGGAUUACCUGGACCUCCAGGUGUGUCCAUUUAUGCCGGCUCUAAUGGACAUGGAGGAUCCAUGAAAGGAGAAAAAGGGGAUCGCGGAUAUACUGGACGCGAGGGACCACCCGGACCUCCUGGCCCUCCAGGAUUUCCAUCUGGCUUACCAAAUCCAGGUUCAGGUGACCUUGAUAUGACAUUCAAAUUUUUCAAAGGUGAUAAAGGUGAUAGAGGUCGUGAUGGAAUACCGGGUAGGAUAAAUGAUAUCGAUUUGUCCAGAUUACGUGGACCCCAGGGACCUCAAGGACGUCCUGGGCCACCUGGACCCCCUGGUCUAUCCGGAAAUGGGCUUACUGCUGAUGGAUUACGAGCACCGAAGGGAGAAAGAGGACCGAAAGGGCCAAAAGGAGAACCCGGCAUUGGCAUUCGGGGCCCAGCAGGUGUCCCUGGCCACCCUGGAUUGUCUAUUCCUGGAAGACCUGGCCCUCCGGGACCUCCUGGACCAGCAGGAUCUGGUAGCAGUUCAACUUAUAACGACAGAGCAUCAUCAGGUUCAAAUGGAGUUGUGACGUUUCGCAAUGAAGAGGAGCUCCAGUCUGUGGCUUUAUCGGUUCCUGUUGGUACUUUAGCCUUCGUCAUGGAUACAGAAAUGCUACUGAUACGUUUAAAAGAAUCAUGGGCUCAAAUCGAAUACGGAAACAGAAUUCCACUACCGACGCCCAAGCCAGAGGCGCUUAAACUUGAAAGGCACACGCGGAUGACUCAGAAACCUCCAAUACCAAUCCAGCCAGCUCGCCACCCAGGCAGCUUCAGUCUUUUGCGAUCUCACGAAAAGGGAAGUCGGCUACACCUAAUAGCCUUGAAUGAACCGAUGAGGGGAGAUAUGAAUGGUAUCAGCGGAGCUGAUGGCGCUUGUUACAGACAAGCUAAAUACUCUCAAUACAAGGGCACAUACCGUGCUUUCCUUUCUUCUAAAGUUCAAGAUAUGCGCACUCUCAUCUUCUUUAAAAAGGAUCGAAGCAUUCCGAUCGUCAACUUAAUGGGUGAAGUGUUGGCAAGUUCCUGGAACGAUCUGUUUGAUAGAUUUGGUGGAUUCUUCAAUAGCAGUGUCCCGAUUUAUUCAUUUGAUGGUUCCAAUGUCUUAAAUAGUAUAAGAUGGCCGCAGAAAAUCUUGUGGCACGGAACUGAUCCCGACGGCAAGAGAGUGAAAGAAAAUAUUUGCGACGGUUGGAUCUCUGAUUCCCAGACUAAAACCGGCUUGGGAAGUUCGUUGGUUGACAACAAGCUGUUAGGCAGUGAGGAAUAUACGUGCAAUAACGCAUUCGUAGUUUUGUGCAUAAGUAUCUCCAGUGGCGACAUUCACAACGGAGUUGCGAGGGAAGAAAAUCCAUCGGAGCUUAUGUUUAUGCCAAAAGACCAAACCUUAUCCAAAAUGAUAAAUUCUAACGAUUUUUUUUUUCUCUCUUUCCGUAUUUCUCUGCCUUUAAUCCUCAAGCAUUUUUUUUUUUUAAAUCAUUUUGCCAUAUUUCCCACAAAAUUUAAGCCCAGCCUUCAACAAGAAAUGAUAUCUACUCCAUCGCUAUGUCCAGUUCUUUUACUCGUAUAA